GAGGGAGGUGUUACGCUGCGCUCUCCCGGUGGUUCUUGAGUGAAAACUUACACCCGGUGUAAACACUGUAAUGAAGUCUUUCUGAUCUGUUUUUUUUUGUGUGUGUUUUAUUAUUGUUUACGAUACGAUAUUUGGUGGUUUCAUUAAAAGUGACAAUACGAGGAACGUGCUUUUUAUACUGAUUGUUUAGCUAUCCGCUUUAAAACGUUUAUUUGUUGUUGGCGGCAUGCUUUGGCGCGCAAAUGACCUGCUAACGGAAAAGUAGCGCUCGUGACCAACCCUCUCCAAUAAGCAAAAAGGAAUUUAGACGAAGCAGUGCCGCAGCCUCCUGCAGAAGGCGCGGGGAAAUAGGAAUCAGAGGCAGCACCUGACCAUGGGCGUGAGUGGCGGAGGCGGUUCUCUGAGGGACGUGCUGUUGGGCGGGGCAGGAGGCAGCAGCGGCAUGGGCAGGGGCACGACCACGGGCGGGAGCAGCAGCCGGGGCACGAGCCAUGGCCUCGCGGGCGGCGCGGGCGGAGGGGCGCUCACCUGGCGCUCCCUCCGCUCCGUCUCGGGCGCCGUGGACCCUCGGGGCCACUUCUUCCCCGCCAAGCUGGCCAUGUCCCUUGGCAUCCUCAAGCUCCUGCUGGCCAUCUUCAUGGUGACACUGGGCGCCUUGGCCCUCAUCCUGCAGGCCGCCCUCUCGCCCCUCGGCGCCGGCAUGUGGGCGGGCGCCGUGGUGGGCGUCUCGGGCUUCCUGGGCGUGUGUGCAUCUCGCCGCCCCUACGCCCAUGUGUACGUCGUGAGCUUCAUGUGCGUCGCCAUCCUGUCCAUGGCCUCGUCCGGACUCCUGAUCAUCCUGUCGGCCACGGCUUGGGCGAGGGACGACCAGCACCCCACGGCCGUCUUCGUUGAGCAGGAGACGCAGGAGGAGGUGACCGUGCUCGGCGAAGUGUUCGUCCGCCGCCCCGCCGUGCUGGUUUCCGGCGCCCUGGUCCUCCUGGGCGUCCUGGACUGCCUCGUCAGCCUCGCCUGCGCCGCCAUCAGCGCCAGGGAAGCCUGCGGACUCUACUCGAAGGGCGAGGACACGACGCAGGGCCUCUCCGAAGGGCACAACCGCAAGGAGAGGCUCUACCGCUGGCUCGGCCAACAGAAGACCAUCUUCCCCAUCGGCUCCUCUCAGGGUCCCCCUCGAGGCGUCUCGUCUGUGUCGCAGUUCGUCCCUCUUUCCUCCGACUCGUCCUCCUCCUCCGCCACGCCCCGCAAGUCGUCCUCGGGCCCUUCAGGAACCUCGUCCUCGCUCCCUUCGGCGUCCUCCCACCGCGUCCUGCCCUCCAGCGGCUCUUCGUCGGGGAAGACCAACAGCACCCGGGUCACUCCUCCUUCGGUGCCUUCGAUCUUGAAGCCGUCGUCCCUCGCGUCUCUUCACGGGUCGAGAUCGCUGCCGCCCACGUCGUCCUCCGCGGCCGUGGGCGUCCCCUACAAGCACAAGCACGCCUCGGCCGCCCCGACGUCCGAACACACGCCCUCCGCCUUCGCACACCCGCAACACGGCGCCAAACUCAACAUGGCACCGCAUCUCCAUCAGCCACACCACCCGAUGCACCCACACCUUCACUCCCUUCCUCUCCCUCAUCCUCACGCCCACCCUCACCCACACCCGCACCCCCACGCCCACCCACAACACCAACCAGUCCACCCACACCAGCUGCCUCAGCAUUUCCCUGCACACGCCGCCCACCCUUCGCUCUACUACCCGCACCUGGUGACGCCCAUGAUGCCCUACUACCCGACGGAUCAGGAUCUGCAACAAACCCGCAAACACAGGAAGAAGGAGAGCGGCAAGAAACGCAAGGAUGGCAAGAAUAAGCAAAAGGAGGAGGAGAAGAAGAAGAAGAAGGAGAAGAAGAGGAAAAGCAAGGAACUCACAGACGAACAAAUCGAAAGAACAUACACAGGGUUGGACAGGGAACUUGCCGAGGAAUUUAUCGAUUCAACGAUGGAACCGGGUCUCUCGCUCCAAAGGGCCUUCAACACGAGUUUUGAUCAAGAUUCGUUUUAAGAAAAUAGAACGAUAAUAAUAGGAAUAAGAAGUGUCCGUGUAUGUUCCUUUUUUUUUUUUGUCUUGUUUUUUUUGUCCUGCCAAAAUAUUGUACAUGAAAAUACUAACCUGUUUUUUUAUAUAAGAUAUGUUAUAGACAAUUCCAUGACGUGUUUUAUCAUAUUAAUGAGUGUUUCAAUCUCUCUGUCUUUUUUCUAUUAUUUCAUACUUUAUUUUGUAUUAUCUGUUUUGAAUGGGUUCUUUUAGCUUUUUCUAGAAUCAAUAACUUAACUCUAACAUGGAUUGUAAAUGAAUUAGGAUUUAUAACCUCAUGUAUGUACAUAUACAUAUAUAUGCAUAUAUCAUUAUACAUAUAUAUACUUUCAUAAAUGUAAAAGUGCACAACUGAUUAUAACGUUUGUAUAUAAUGAAACUUUUAGUCAGUUCUCAGCAGGAUGAAAUGUAAAAUAAUUUUAUUUUAUCAUCAAAGCCAUUAUAUAAUGUACAUGUACAGCAUGUACAUCAUAAGUUAUUGUACAUCUGACCCUCUGCACAUUUUAUUGUAUUGCACAUGUUAAAAAAGUCACUGGAUUUUUGGUCACAAACCUUUCAUAA